AUGAUGUUACCGAGCCCCGUCACCUCCACCCCCUUCUCUGUCAAAGACAUCCUCAACCUGGAGCAGCAGGAGCCGCACUAUGGAGCCCAGCUGCAGCAGCACCUGGAGCAGCACUUCCACUCGGCAGCCUGCCUGCUGGCGGCCGGGGACGGCUCCCGCUUCUCCGACGGGGAGGAAGAGGAGGAGGAGGAGAAGCUGUCCUAUCUGAGCUCCAUGGCCGCGGCGGAGAGCCAAGGGGACGUGGGGCUCUCCCCGGAAAACUACGUGCAGGCGGUGCUGCGAGGCUCGUGUGAGCCCAAUGGCCCGGGAGACGAGCUGGAGCCUGCGGGGGAUCGGGACCCCAAGCGCUGCGCCCUGAAGCAGCCGCCGGGCGCCGCGGAGAGGCCGGAGGAGGCGGAGAGGCCGAAGCCGCGGAGCCGUAGGAAGCCGCGCGUUCUCUUCUCGCAGGCGCAGGUCUUCGAGCUGGAGCGGCGCUUCAAGCAGCAGCGCUACCUGUCAGCGCCGGAGCGCGAGCACCUGGCCAGCAGCCUCAAGCUCACCUCCACGCAGGUGAAGAUCUGGUUCCAGAACCGGCGCUACAAGUGCAAGCGGCAGCGGCAGGACAAGUCGCUGGAGCUGGGCCCCGCGCCGCCGCCGCCGCGCCGGGUGGCCGUGCCGGUGCUGGUGCGGGACGGGAAGCCCUGCCUCGGGGGCUCGCCGGGCUACGGCUCGCCCUACAACGCGCCCUACUCCUACAGCGGCUUCCCGCCCUACGGCUACGGCAACUCGGCCGCCUACAACGCCAGCUACGGCUGCAGCUACCCCGCGGGCGGCCAGCCCGGCUGCAGCCCGGGCGCGGCCGCGGGGCCCUUCGUGAACAUGGGCGGCCUGGGCGGGUUCGGCGGCGCGGCCCAGCCCCUGCACCAGGGCGCCGCGGGGCCCUCCUGCAGCCAGGGCGCUCUGCAGGGAAUCCGGGCCUGGUAG